AUGGAAGAGAUCAGAUAUGACGGUGCCUGCAGCGUAUGUGGGAGAAAGUUGAGCAAGAAAGAAACUGUCAUCGCAUCGGUGCUGGAUGUGUGCGGCUGGCUCCAAGUGAAACAUGACAUCAUGAGAUGCCGGAAUUUUGAAUGUUCUUUGAACUGUGCCGCCGUGGCAUACAACUUCGUAUGCAGUGGCUCUGAGUACGUCUUUUCAUGGGGGCAGGAGGAUCGUCGUUUGAUCUUCCAGUGGUCUUCCUUUGCGGGGGAAGCCAAAGUUCACUUUCUCGAAGCUGUUGGCUUGGGCAAGAGUGACAUUGUGCCAGACAAGGCCAAGUUGAAGUUGCUUCGGGCGUGGAUGCUGUGGCGUUUGGUUACUUGGCAGGUCAUUCGAUGGAGGCAACAUGCGGCCAGAAAGGAGGGUGAAGUGCAAGUGCGUGUGAACCUACGGAAGCCACUGCCGACGCUGCUUGCAGAGGCGUGGGAGUGGUAUCCUGCGCACAUGUUGAAGAGAAGAGUGGACCUAGCUCGGUCGAAACAGCUGGACUUGAGCGCCGUCGUUAUGGACGGCAACGCUAAGCUGUCAGGCAGGAUAUGCGGCCGUCCUGCGGCGGAAAUCAUCGACAACCGUUCGCUGGACAUGUUCACCGUGACCUGUUGCAGCGCGGAGCCUCAGUUCAAGAAACGGCGUUGCAUGAAACACGACACGAGCCAUGCUCCAGCAGAUCCGUUGCCCGAACAGUCUGAAGUCAUUACUGCCCAUCGUCGUGUUCGAAGAGCAGGACAAGGGGAACUGUAUGAUGUGUUUUUGAAAGUGAAGCUAGCUGUCUCAAGCGCUAGCGCCUCACGUGUGAGGCCCAAAGCCUCCAGCAUGUUCGGUAAGAGUGGCACCCACGACACUCUCUGGAAGUCAGCUGGCAGCUCUAUCGACUCUGCAAGCGGAGCAUGGGGAGAAAUUGGUCUUCCGAAAAGGAAAAGGAUUCUUUCCAUCGCUGCUACUUCAUGGUUGCCAGUCUCUCCUUUCCUAACUUGGCGUGCACUGGUACAACGCCAGCCCUUUACUCAAGCCCUACACUGCCAUCAAACCAUGAAACUAAUCCCUCUGCACACAAAACAGAAAAAACUUCCGCACACAAAAGAGGAAAAACUGCCACUCACCGGUCAUCCUAGCUUCACCAAGCCAAGGAAAGGGCCAGAAUGA